AUGCCCCCAAACGCAGCCACCAACGACAGUAAGGCCGGCAAAACGUACAGCGCCGACGUCGUGGCGGCCGUCUUGAUGGCCACCGGCACCACUCCGCUGUCCAUGAAACACUACGAACUCAUGUCGUCCCUAGACGGCGUCAAGACAGCCAGUGAGUUCCAGCAUGACUUCCGCGCCGUUCUCGCAAGAGCUAAGGAGCUCAAAGCCCGCGUCGACAACGGGGAGAUCUUCGAACCUGUCGCGCCAGCAACCAAGCGUGGAGGCACUACCACACCUGCAACUCCCAAGAAGCGCAACGGCGACGAUGUCGGCGACAGCCCGAGCAAGAAGUCAAAGGCAACUCCCAAGCCUCGAGAUAAGAAGGCCCGGGCUGAAGCACCUCCAACUCCUCAAACCGCCGAUGAUGACCUUGAGCUGCCUGAGGGCAUGGACGCCUUCAUCAGGGCGGAGAAGCAGUGGGAGGUGAACAAUUUUGUCUGGAGUUGGCGCGUCGAUCCAGUAGCUCACGACACUACUUCGGUGAUUUCCUUCUGA